AUGGGCCUUGCAGGUCGGGGAAGGGAAACUCUCGCGGAUCAAGGCGGACAAUGCUCAUAUAUGGAGCCUGUCCCCCCCUUGUCAUCUCGGCUGCGCAAGGGGGCACUCACCUUCACCAGGUCCCCCAGCAUGGAGUUGAUGGCGGAUGCGAGGCUGUCCUUGUGGUCGGCGGGGCUGGGGGAGGCGGCCGGCGCGCCAGACGCCGCGCUGGCCAGCGCUGCUGUGAGUGAUGCGGCAUCGAUGCCAUGCCCUGGGAUGGGCAGAGGCUGGCUGGCCGCCGGGGCCUGGCCGGGCGCCUCUGAGGUGAACCCGGCGGCGUAG